CUCAAAAAAAAAAAAAAAAAAAAACCCGUAUUCUUCGCCACCUUCUUCAUUUUGCAUUUAAUUAAUUAAUAAUUAAUUUGAUUGAGGAAAUUUUCAUUUUUGUCUAUAUAUUCAGUUAGCACCCUCGUUCAGCCUUAAAUUAGCCUUCGGCAGUCUCUCAGUCUCAGAUUCGAUUGCCAUUUUCCAAAUCGCAGCUUCGAGGUCCUCGCUAUGGCGUCUCAGAAACUCAUCGGCUUCGUCGGAUUAGACGAAUUAAGCUUGGAGGUGGCAUCGUCGCUGGUCCGUCAUGGCUACAGUGUUCAAGCUUUCGAGACAAGCGAUUCCAAGAUUAGUGAACUUUUGAAGUUCGGGGGAAUUAGAUGUUCAAGCCCAAAGGAUGCAGCGAGAGAUGUGGCUGCUUUAGUUGUCCUAAUAUCUCAUGUGGAUCAAGCUAGUGAUCUAUUUUUUGGAAAUGAGGGUGCUUUGAAAGGUUUAGACAAGGACGCAAUUGUUAUUCUUCAUUCAACCAUAUCCCCAUCGCUUGUUCAUCAACUAGAGAAGGAUCUUGCAGAAAUUCAAGGGGUAACUUAUAUUGUUGAUGCAUAUAUCUCUCGUGGGAGGUCUGAGGCUUCAGAUGGAAAAGUCAUUAUUACCUCAUCCGGAAAAUCAGAUUCCAUCAAAGAGCACAGCCUAUUCUUUCAGCAAUGUGUGAAAAGCUUUUCACUUUUGUGGGUGAAGUUGGUGGUGGCAGUAAAGUUAAAUUAGUUGUUGAGCUGCUUGAGGGCAUUCAUUUAAAUGCUUCAGUGGAGGCUCUCUGUCUUGGUGUCAAAGCUGGAAUUCAUCCAUGGAUAAUAUAUGAUAUCAUUUCCAAUGCUGCUGGAAACUCAUGGGUAUUCAAGAACAAUGUUCCCCAAUUGUUAAAGGGCGAGAUCAAACA